AUGUCAGCAGCCCCCACAUGGAAGUCCGAGGACGAAUUAGAACAGUUGGUUACCGAUGCGCAAGAACAGUUGGAGAACUUGCGUGAAAACACGGACGAAAAGGGUCGACUAAACGAUGAAACUCUGAUUCGUUAUUUUAGUAAACACGAUUUGCCCAUAGGAAUAGCUGGAUUCCUUAUCGAUUAUAAUCAGUUCAAACAUUUACACGAACCAUUCUAA